UGAGAGUGCUCGUGACCCGCAGAUGCCCAAUUCCCGGCCCAUUGAAAAACCAGAUGCCCAAUUCCAGAGCCCUAGCCCAUCCGACAGCCACCAUUUUCGCCCAUCUCCAAACUUCACCUCGCCGCCGCCGGACACACCCGCCGCCAUGGGCGCCUACAGGUUCGUGUCGGAGCUAUGGAAGAGGAAGCAGCCGGACCUGACGAGGCUCGUGCAGCGGCCGGCGACCGUGCGCCGUCUCGGCUCCGAUGCCAAGCAGCUUCACAAGCCUAUUGAGGAGACCAAUGAAGGUAUAUACCCAAGUAGGAUGCACUCCCAGAACCUGCCUGCCAAGAUACGCAUAGCGAUGAAAUCUUUCAAUAACCAAAAUCACAAUCUGAAGGGGCUUGAGCCUUACACGCACAAGAUUGGGUUGCCUGAAUCACGAGCCUUAUACACCGUGUUACGAUCACCUCAUAUUGAUAAGAAAUCCAGGGAGCAAUUCUCAACGCACGUGAAGAAAUUAUUUGUGGUUAAAAAGGCAGAGACACAUGAGCUGGCCAGGAAGUUCUUUUGGUUAAAACGACUUCGUGUAUUGGGGGCUCAGUAUGAAGUCAAUAUUAGUUUCAAGACCCGCUUGGAUAAAAUGAUUGGCUGCAGCGAAGGUGGUGGCCUGCUUAGACAGUAGUUCCAGGCCAAAACAGAAGGCAGACACAGGAGAAAGGAGGUAAUAACAAGAUAACGAAAUGUUUCUAUUGUGGUUGAAUUAUCCCAUGAUUGAAAUUAAUAAUAGGUUGGUUAGCCAAUGGACUAAUUGAUUUUUGCUUGCUGGCUGAUUCCUUGUGUUGCUGGCUGAUUCCUUGUGUUGCUGGCUGCUUCAGGUGAUCUGAGCCUGAGGUUACAAACUAUCCAACUUCUGUGGUUCUUAAUAUCUGAUCUUGGUUAUUUCUAUCGCGGAUGGAACCAUGUAAUCUAUUUAGUUUGGAGAUGAUGCCGAUAAUAAUAAUGUGGAUUCAAGACAUCGUUGAUUUUUGCGUGAUCUUGAUUAUAGUGAUAUCCUAAUAUCGUCUUAA